AUGGCGACCAAGCAGACGACACAGAGCGACGUACCAGAUAAAGAGGAGAUACUGUCAGCCAUAUCGGAUGCGGUAGGCCGCUUGGGCGAUAUUGAUUCCCAGAAGGAUCUUCUUCGCGGCUUGUUGGUACCCAAGUACACCACAGGUGUGACAGAGGACGAGAUCGAGCGGAAAGUGAUCAAAGUCAGAGAUCAACUGAGGACCUUUAUGGCCUCCAAGGGCAUGUCCUACACAACAGGUUGGGGCAGGUUUACAAAGUCCAAGACCUAUACCAGGCAACACCUCUUCGAGAUGGGCCCCGAGAAAACAGUCAAAGAAGAGUGGCUCUUCAGCCAUGGUUGGGAACCAGAUGUCGAUCUCGAUGAGGCAGAAGACAGCUCCAGUGUCGCACAGAUCAAGAAUGAGUCAGACCUCCCCGCGGCUCCUGACCAGAAGAGUCUGGUAGAAGAAGUCAUUGCAAUUGACACCCCAAGACCAACACCAGGAGCAGAAACAGUCCCUCCUGUGGGUGCCUCACCAGAGAUCGAGAUGGUGGAUGCAAUUGUGGUCGAAGUCGUGUCGUCUAGGGAUAUCGCACCCUCAAACACCCACGAAGAACUUCCAGAGACCUCAUCCAAGGCUACAGCCUCCAGGACCGGCCAAAAGUGCUCUUCUUCCGAACCAGCCACUCCCGAAGCCCCAGCACAAAAGAGACAGAAAAGCGCCCCACCACAUCUCGCAUCUCCACCACAAACCGUAAAUAUCGAGACCACCAGCUCCGCCGCCGCAGCACACUCACCAAACACCACAAUUGAGCCCAUCGAGAACGACCGUCAGAGUGCCCGGGAACCUUCAGCAGCCCUACGCGAAGCGGCAAAGAUUCCGCCGACAAGACAGCCCAAAAACCCCGAUGGAAUCAUCAACCGUGGAGACUCCAGCUGGGUGCGGCCGCAAAUGGGCCUGAUCGAGGAUGCAAUCUGGAAUGCGGUGUCGUCGUACUUUCAGGAUAAGAACAUCGAUCCCGAUGCACACUCCACGCUGUUGGAUGAGAAGGCCUCGAAGAAGCUGCUGGACUUGUACGAGGCGACUUUCGGCAAGAAGGACUGA